CAUUCUCCCAAAUCCUUUUCCUAAUUUUAAUAGACCGCCCGGUCCCAAAUGACAUUCGUGCGUCUUCUCAUGGCUUCAGAGUACUAUUUCCAACUCGUUCUCUUCCUUAUUGUUUUCUGCAACUCUUACUUAAAAACUACUUCGAGCAAUCCAGGCAGUGAAACAGACUAUGACAAAUGGCUCAGCUGGCAUGUCCGAAAUCACAAAAGUAAGCAGAUUUUCUGGCAAGCUGAAUCCCUCAUUCAGUCACCUGGCGCUAAAGGGAGAGUUCUUGACGAUAAGCUGAGGAUGGCUGAGAUGAACAAAGUGAGAAUUACUGUUGGUCAAGAUGGAAGUGGCGAUUUCAGGACUAUUAAUGAAGCCCUUAGCAGCAUUCCAUCACGCAACAGCAGGAGAGUCAUUCUGGUGAUCAAACCAGGCAUUUACAGGGAAAAGAUUGUCAUCCCUAGAACAUUGCCCUUCAUUACCUUUCUAGGGGAUGCGAGUAACCCACCGACCAUCACUGGGAACGACACCGCAUCAGGUCCUGGCAAAGAUGGGAUGCCUUUGAAGACAUUUCAGAGUGCGACAGUUGCUGUGGAUGCAAAUUAUUUUGUGGCCAUCAACAUGAAGUUUGAGAACACAGUCCCGCAUCAGAUUGGAUCAAGAGGGGGUCAAGCCGUGGCACUUCGGAUAUCAGGGACCAAGGCUGCAUUUUAUAACUGCAGUUUUUAUGGGGAUCAAGACACUCUUUAUGAUCACAAGGGUCUCCACUACCUCAAUAAUUGCUUUAUCCAAGGCUCUGUUGAUUUCAUUUUCGGCUACGGCAGGUCCCUUUACGAGAACUGCACUGUGAAUUCCAUAUCCAAGAAGGUAGCCUCUCUCACAGCUCAAAAGCGAUCCAAUGCAUCAUUGGCCAGUGGGUUCUCAUUCAAAGAUUGUGUGGUCACCGGCAGUGCCCCUGGCAUGGUCUACCUUGGUAGAGCCUGGGGCGAUUAUUCAAGGGUUGUGUUCUCUUACACCUUCAUGGACAGGGUUGUUCUUCCCCAAGGGUGGAGUGAUUGGGGUGACCGAAAACGUGAUGCUAGAGUGUACUAUGGAGAAUACAAGUGCAGUGGACUGGGAGCCAACUUUACAGGAAGAGUACCGUGGGCACGAAUUCUGACAGAAGAAGAGGCUGAGCCUUUUAUAGGGACUUACUAUGUUGAAGGAGACACUUGGCUCAUCAGCCCUUGACAAAUUGGGCUGUUUGCUUCACAUUUCACCAUGUACUAACGCACGCAUUCCUGCAGGAUCAAACUAGGUCCUAAAUCCUUAAUGCUCU